GCCUCUUGUCCACUGCAGGACAUGGCCGGGCACAACACGAGGGUGAUUUCACUGACCAAGAAGCCGGGUCAGACCUUUGGCUUCUACUUGAGAAUGGAGCAUGGUGAGGAGGGUCACCUGAUCCGCUGCCUGGAAAUGGGAGGUCCAGCUGAACUGGCUGGCAUGAAAGAUGGAGAUCGCAUCUUGCGGGUCAAUGGAACAUUUGUUGAUGAGCUGCCCCAUUCUGAGGUGGUGGACAUCGUGAGAAACAGCGGCGCUUCCGUCACGUUCCACAUCAUGGAUGAAGCUUCCUACAAACAAGACAAAGCACAGGGAGCAAACCUGUCCGGCCCUCAGAGCAAACCAGUAGCCAACGGCGUGACCAAAGAAGUUCCAAAACCCAAACUCUGCUACCUGGUUAAGUCCGGCGCAAGCUAUGGGUUUUCCCUCUGCUCAGUCAAAGGUCAGAAGGGCUUGUUCAUGAAACAGGUGAUCCCAGGAGGCGUGGCAGACAGGGGCGGGGUCAGAGUCAAUGACCGCGUGCUGGAGAUCAACGGGGAGAACAUAGAGGGCUCCACUCAUGAUGAAGUAGUGGCCAAGACCUCGCAGGCUGGCAGCAGCAUAAUGUUCCUGUUGGUUGAUAAGGAAACCGACGAGUACUACCAGAACAAGGGUACUGGGAUCGGCGCAUGGUUAGCUACAACCAAGUACCUCCCACUCAAGCCUCGCAUCAUCGACAUGACCAAAGGACCUGAUGGCUAUGGCUUCCUGCUCAAGGAGAAGGUCAAGCAAACAGGCCACUUCAUCAGGGAUGUAGACAGAGGCAGCCCAGCAGAAAGAGCAGGUGUGAAGGAAAUGGACAGAGUGGUGGCUGUCGACGGCAAGGAGGUGGACAGUUGCAGCCAUGAGCAGGUGGUGGACAGGAUCAGGCAGAGUGGCAACAAAUGCUGCCUCCUAGUGGUGGACAAAGAAACGGACCAAAUGUAUAAGCAGGGGAAACUGUCUCCUAUCAUUUUCUAUGACGAUAAGAAAGAUUCCAACUCACCACCCAGUUACACAGAGGCCAUCAAUUUACCUGCUCCUGUCCGACCAUCCACACCUGUUCAGGAGAGAGAGGAGGAGCUCAUGCCUAAACUGUGUAAGAUGGAGAAGACCUCAGCGGGCUUUGGCUUUCACCUGAACGGCAUCCAGGGGGUGUUUGGACAGUGCAUCAAGCAGGUGGUGAAGGGUGGAGCAGCUGACAGGGCGGGUCUGGAGGACAACGACGUUUUGGUGGAGGUGAAUGGAGUAAAUGUGGAGAAGAGAAGCCACGAGGAUGUGGUGGAAAUGAUCAGCAGCAGCGGCAGCUUUCUGGAGUUGCUUGUGGCUAAAAAGAGCGUCUAUGACAAGCUCACAGCUCAAGGAGUGACCAUCACACGCAAGCUCCUCAAGGAGAUGUCUUAUGUUGAGGUCCACUCUGCGGACACUCCGGAGACCAAGAUGGAGGAGAAACAUCAGGAGGAGGCCAGACCCGAAACCCCCACUGAGCCAGCGAGAGAGAGGACCUCAUCAUCUUCAUCUGAAGACAGUAUCGAUGAGAGGCUCUAA